CUUCUCUUUAGGAAAGAGGCACCGUCAAAGAAUCCAUACCCAAAUACGCUAACGUGACGCCUCGUACUCGCAAUAACUUGAGUAGGAGGACGUAAGGACAGAGAACCGCAGCUAGUUAUGGACCCACAAAACGGUGAGGAAUCUGAUGAUAAAUGGAUGCCGGACAACCUUCCCCUCGACUCCUUCAAGAAGACAAUUUACCACUACUAUGGGGAGGAUACCUACCUCGAAAUCGACAGAUAUGUCCGCCACAAGGCUACUGGAAGUCCAUGUUCUAUAUGCGGCUGCCAGCUUUGUCACUCGCAUCCUUCUAGUGGUGACAAGAAAGUAUGGAAUUGGGAAAUCUCGCUCAUAGAUCUGAAGAAAUCGGCCGAGAAAUGUAUGGCGUGCGACAUGAUAUGGCAGGCGGCGUUAUUUGCAACACUCGACGCUAGGGCGACGGGCAAUUCAAUUAACUUGCGCCUCGAGAAACCUUACAAUGGUGGCCAACUCUUUCUCCAGUGUCUGCGUAAAGAGGAUGAUGGAGAUCACUGGGUAACAUAUGAAUUUUACAGGUCAGGAAGGGGAGCUGAUCCACCCUUGUUCGGCAUCCCAACGAGACCUCAUGUCACCGGAGCUUCCAAGUCGAACCUUUCAGCAAGCAUAGCUUGGGUGAAAAAGCAGAUGAAGAUAUGCGACGACGAGCAAGAGCAUCCAUGCUAUAACGCUACCAAAACCAAGUUUCUCCUCCCUAAAAGAGUUUUGGAUCUCUGGUAUCCGGAAGAAGAGCCUCUCGAGACGCGCGUCCGCCUCUAUGAGCCAAAGAAAAAUAAAAAGGGGGAAUGGGCAACGCUCAGUCACUGCUGGGGAAACACGGAUCCUAUCUGCACGACAACAACUAACCGGAAGGAUUUCCUGCAAAAGAUCCCGUGGGAGAAUAUUUCCGCUACAUACAAGGACGCGAUCCAAAUCACGAGGCUGUUGGGCAUCCGCUACCUAUGGAUCGACUCGUUGUGUCUCAUCCAAGACGAUAGGGAAAUCUGGCGCGCCGAGGCUUCCAAUAUGGCGGAAAUUUAUAAGAAUUCGUACAUCACCAUCGCGGCUACCAGUGCAAUAGAUAACGACUCGGGGGUUCUGAAGCCUGAACCGUUCACGAAUAGCCACCAGCUUACCUUAUUUCAACCCACCGCAGACCAAAGAACACCAGAAGUGGUCAUAGCCAGAGAGACCGUUCCCGUUUUUAUAAGAAAACGAUUCGACCACAAACCCUUUUCUAUGACCAAAGAAUUCGAAGAACCACGCCUUCUCACACGGGCAUGGAUAUAUCAAGAGAGAAUACUAUCCCCUCGUAUCAUUCACUUCUGCGACAACGACCUGGUCUGGGAGUGCGAGGCCGAUUUCGCGUGUCAGUGCGGCUUCCUUGAUCAACCGGGCCCCCCCGUAGCAACGGUCAAGCAAGGCCAACGGAACAAACUAGCCGGGGGAAAGUGGAUGAAGACGGCAUAUUUGUGUACAAGCACGGCCCCACGAGAUGUUAAAGUCCCACAAGGCGACCUCCGCUUUAAAUGGAAGUCGUUUCGCGACCGGGUAUCGGACUAUGGUCGACUAGACCUAAAAUUCCCCAGGGAUAGGUUGCGGGCCAUUGGGGGUAUCGCGCGCCAGUACCAGCCGUCGGAGUGUGGGAGUUACUUUGCGGGACUGUGGAAAGAAACCCUAGCGCAGGACCUGACGUGGCAUGCCAGCGGCGAAAAACACACGCGCGAGUCAUGGGAGGCAUUGGCGAGUGGCAACUUUGUUGCUCCGAGCUGGUCGUGGGCGUCAGUUACGCACCCCUCUUACUACUUGUUACGUUCUUCGGAAGAAGACGAGCCGCUGUUUGAUCUUAUUGACUGCCACAUUAAGUGGAAGGGAGACGACGAGUUCGGGGAAUGCGAAAGCGGGUUCCUCAUCCUCAGCGGUCUUAAGCAAGAGGCCACGCUAAUCUUGAUGAGGAGUGAUGAGUCUCACGGAGAGACCCAGCACUUUUGGGUUAAAAUACCCCUGAUUUCUACCAGGCCCUCAGUAUCAGUAAAUCUAGAUUACCAAAUCGACCACCAGCAUUUUAGUCCGAUCGACCUGCCGGAGGGCGAUAGUGGCUCUCUGGAUGAAGAUAACGACAGUUGGAUUGAAGACGAUGAGGUGGCCAUAGGGCAAUCAAAGGAAAAGUUUACGGUGUUCCUCCUAUCGACGUAUGCUGCGCUUCUGCUACGAAAGGUCAACACGGAAGAAGGGGAGUUCUAUACUAGAGCUGGAAUUGUCCUAGGACUUAGAGAGCUUGACUUUUGGAAUGACUUACCGAUGACAAUGGUCACGAUUAAAUAGUCAAUAAGGUCGAUCG